CUACCCUGAAGGGCACUCAGGAUGAAUUAAACAAGAAAGCACUUCAGACUUUGGAGAGAGCACGUGACUUGGCCCCAGAAGAUCACCAAAUCAUCCUCUACCUAUCACUGCAGCUGGCUCUUGUCAGACAGAUUUCUGAUGCUAUAGAACAUCUUCAGGAAGCACUGCAACUGUGCAAAGAUGACAUGAAUUCACUUCAUCUGCUGGCCCUCCUCUUUUCGGCUCAGAAGCACUAUCAGCAUGCACUGGAUGUUAUCAACAUGGCUGUUGUUGAAUACCCGGAAAGCUUUAGCUUACUCUUCACCAAAGUAAAACUGGAAUGGAUACAUAAAGGACCUGAAGAGGCUCUGGUGACAUGCAGACAUAUGUUGCAGAUGUGGCAGAUGGUAUAUAAUGUUUUACAGCACAGUGGCUCUGAGAAAGGAAGUAGCGUGACUGAAACACCGGUGAUCAAAAAGCAUAACGGACUGCAUCUCACGCUCCCGGAUGCUCAUGAUACCGAUUCUGGAUCACAGCGAGCCUCUUCCCUUGCUGCAUCAAGACUGGAACAGGCCAUGUCUGAAAUAACUAUGCAGAGCAGUGCAAUGAAGCAAGGACCUAUGCAGCUGUGGACAGCUCUUGAACAAAUUUGGCUACAAGCUGCUGAACUCUUCAUGGAACAACAGCAUCUCAAAGAAGCAGGCUUUUGUAUCCAGGAGGCAACUAGUCUUUUCCCCACAUCUCAUGCUGUACUGUACAUGCGUGGGAGGCUUGCAGAGAUGAAAGGCAGUUUGGAGGAGGCUAGGCAAUUGUAUGAUGAAGCGCUCACAGUGAAUCCAGCUGGAGUGGAAAUUAUGCACAGCCUGGGCCUGGUGCUGAGCAGACUUGGGCGGAGGGACCUGGCCCAGAAAGUCCUCAGAGAUGCCAUCCGGAUCCAGACCACCAGUCAUAAGGCCUGGAACAGCCUUGGAGAGGUCUUACAAGCUCAGGGGAAAAACGAAGCAGCCAUCGAAUGCUUCCUCACCGCUCUGGACCUGGAAUCCAGCAGCCCUGUCAUCCCAUUCACUGUCAUACCCAGGGAGCUCUGAAGCUUUGCCCUGCAUCUAAGGACCUUCAUUCCAUGGACAGACACCAAAACCAAACAAAUAAAGAAAAAGCCCAACAGAAAAGUGCCAUUGUAACCUGGAACUGGGUAAAAUCAUUCCAGGAUGGGGCUCAGGUCUACACACGUAGCUGAGGCAAGCCUAACUGUAGAAGGAUUUGCAACAGGCAGAAACAGAGAAUGCCUUUUUCUUCACAGGUGCCUGGCUCACGCCCUGUUCAAGUUAAUAGGAAGGCUUAUUCCAAAGUGCUGGUUCAAGGUGACUGUCUGUAGAAUAGAUCAUGCUAGGGUACAGCUGUUCUAAGCACUUGCACCUUUCAAUUUUUAUUAAAGAUAAAAACCCCAAGCCCUGAAUUAAAGCCCCAACCUGCUCUAAACAGGAGUAAAUGCACCAAGUAACUUGACCAAGUUGUGCUUAAGCAUGCGGCUGCCUCCACGCAGAUCUGGCAGGAUAGGAAUGACAAUUAAACCCAUAUAGACAUGCAGUAUACGCCGUUUACAAAAUUAUUUCAGCUAUUUUGAUAAUCCUUUUUCCUGCCUGGCUCUUAUGUACUGCAUAUGCUCACUAUAUUUAGUGUGGCGUUUGCCUAGACCAAUUUAAAUUAAAAAUAAAUUUUUUUUUAAAAGCUGCUAUUGCAGUAUGAUUCACAAAAGCUGAAAGACCAAAUCAGUUCGCACUUGAACUAGUAUUAAAAGCCUGUAAAUAUGUGUCUCCAAUUACCUAUUUAUUGAAAGGGCUUACAUGAAGUAGCUAAUUAUAAACUUUGAGCUUCAUUCUUAUUAAUCACCUAUUGCAUCACUUUUAGUGAGGAAUAUAGCGAUUACCAGUAUAUAGUGACUGAACUCUGUGCUUUACUGCAUUACCAUUCCUGGUGCAAAGCAUUUCCAUAGCUGUCUUUUCAUGAUAUGAAGGGUGGCAGCAGUAUUUUAAGGGAAAGUAUGCUGAAGGCAGUAUGUGUAUAUACGAACUACUUCUUUCUUAAAACCAAAUCUUGGGAUUGUCUGUAGAAAUUUCACAUGAGAGGUACGGACUUGAGCCUUCGGCAGAGUGGGAUCAUUUGGUGUACCAUAUCGGAUGUAAGAGUGAUCUCUUCAGAGCCACCUGAAGACCUCUUAAUCGGCGCAGCCCCCCCAGGGCCGGGGCAGGGGGCGCACCCCCUGCUAAGCUGCUCCGUAGCUGUGCUUGACCUCCCUGGGGCCUCGGCAGUGAGGCGGAGCUGGACCGUGCUGUCACACGACACACGAGAGCCAUCCCCAUCCAGACCAGUCCCAAGAUGAAGAUGAUGCAGAAAUGAGCUGCAGGCACUUUUCUACACAAAAGGUUCGGGCUCUGUGCCCGUUUCUGUCCAAAGAAGAUUUGUGACUAGUUUGUAAGUAGGUUUGCACUAAAACACACUUUGUACUACGAUUCUGCCCAGUAUUGUGAUCCACAACUAGUUCAUUCCGGAAAUAAUAAUGUCCUCGGGCAAUAAAUGAGUAGAGGUUACUUCUUAAAAGAGCCAGAGGCUCUGGCAGCAGACUUGAAGUCGGCGUUGUUUACAAUUCUGUGGAAAUCUGCAGGCUAAUUGAGUGGUGGGCCCUGCGUGCUGCUCCUGGACCGCACCAUCGCAGAGCUCCUGCCCCCAGGCAGCGUCAGCUCCUGCCUCCCCUCGGAAGCACACAGCCCUCAGGUUUCUCUCAGCAGCCUGUUGCACUCCCAGGCCAAUAUAUUAUAUUUUUUCCCAUUAAAUCUUGCUGGUGCAAUAGCCCAGCUUAUUCCUCUGUUCACCGAGGGAUCUGGAGGGAAAGCAGCCCAGCCUGAAAGGUGCUCAGCCCAUGAGGUCUCUGGCUUUCCAGUGCCACACAUGCACCAAACCCGGGCUUUUUAGGCCAGACGCAGGUUUCCAAGGAGACAGUGUUACCCGGCCGCAUUUCUCGUUUGCAAUAGCACCAGCAGCAGAGGAAGGAGUAGGUGUUAAAAUACCAGAAUUAAAUGAGUUCCAUGAAGACAGAAAGAUGCAGCAGAGACCCAUUUUGCUGGGAAGGCUGCUGCGAAGUUGGCUUGCUCUGCGCUGCAGGUGGGAAAGGGAAGGGAAGGGGCAGAGAAUGUUGUUGUUGACAUAAUAUGUAAAUUGUUACCCAGGUGUUUUAAACCCUGUUCCACAGUCAGAUGCAAUCUGACCAUAGACUUAAGUAGAUUUAUAUAGAUAGAUGUUAUAUUCUGAUAUUUGUUCUGCUCCACAGUUCCCAGGGCGGGAGCGAGCUUUCCGUGUAAGACACAAAAAAAUGGUUCAGUCUGGUUCGAUGUCACCGCUUUUUGUGCAACAUAUCUCUGUAAAGCGCUGCUGUAGCAACACCUGCGUACCAGACAGCUAUUUGAGCACAAGCUAUGCAUCCGCCUCUGGGGCUGAGGAACCCCUCUAAGAGGUCUGUAGCAGAGCUGGUUGGUCACCCAGCAGGAAGGUGCCUGUUUCCCAGCAGCAGCUGAGAAGCAAACACUCACAGGCCCAUUUACUUCUGCAUGCGUAGCUGGUAAGCAGCCACCAGCACAGCACAUUUGUUGCCAUCAGGCGAACUUUGUCUCAGCAGCAGUCAGACUUGCCACAGCAGUCGUCGUCCUAGGAGCAAUGCCAAUGUGCCUGAGUACCCUGCGUGCGCCAGCCAGUCGGGUGCUGCCCGGGUGGUCCCGUUUUCGUCGUGUGCAUUAACGAGCGUUACCAGCACUGGAAUUGCAGCCCUAAGAGCCUCUGCUCCAGGCAUGGCAAGGAGGACGUACACGAGUAAGUGCCAUCAGCAUCAACAGGAAUUAGAUGGGCAAGGUACCCUCUACCAGCACAGCACACCACAGCCCCUACAGCAGUUGCAGACUUUGCAUGCACACCGGACUCAAUCCCAAGAUUUGCUGCAUGCUUCCCAGAGGAUACGAAGCACCUGUUGGCUGGGGACAUGUUAUAUUGGCCUGAAAUGCUCUGCACAGUGCAGGAAAGAGGGUGGUUGUUGCAGACUUGCACAUAUUUUGGGGGUAGAUCCUCUAGCUAUGCUGUUAUUAGUGCUCACCAAAAGGGAAGCCUUCCCAAGCUCACAUGCUACCUCUGUUCUUCAGCAUGGAUUUUGUUCAUACUUCCAGGUACAGAAAAACAAAGACAACUACUUCAGACAAGCCUAUGCAUUGUAGUAUUUAUUUAGAGAGCAACGUUGAUGAAUGUCAUAGGCCUGCUUCCCUGGGCUCAGUAAAUAAGACUUCUUCGUAUAGCAGGGAGCCUGGCAUGCUUACUGCUCAGGGUUUGAGGCUAAGAACAGAAGAUUUACAUCCUGUCCCUCGUAUGAUUAUUACAGAUGAUCAUAAGCAAUAGAAGUUUGGGGAACAGUAAAAGUGAAAUGCCAGUUCUGUGAGUUUUAGCACCGGCUUGAGUCCAACAGAGUUUUCUCAUUAGUUUAGGAAGAGGAAGAGAAAAAAAAAAAGGCAUCGUUGCCUAAAGGAUCCAGGUACACCCGUGUUCCUCUUGUUCCACUACAAGGUUAUUUUCCUUUGUGUUGGCAGGGUGCAUACAGAAUAAAAAUAAUUAGCUCCUAUUUUUCUGUUGUGCAGUAAAGGAGUAGUAUUUGCCGUUGCCUUUGACCGACAAGGUUUGUAUAUUGUAAAAAAAAAGGCUUUGCCUCCAGGAUAACAGAAGGAGAAGCCCAACAGGCCAGGGAACAACCCCCCCUCCCUGCCUUACCCCAUGUAAACUGUCAUUAGCUCCACUGGAGUUGUUGGUAUUUAUGAGCGUUUCCUCCAGCUGAGGAUCUGCCCACCGGUGUACUCGUUCUGUACAGGGAGUACAACGGCGCUGCCAUGUUCCUGCACUGCACAAGUACCCCGGUCCGUUUCUAUUGGUAACAGUUCAUGCUACUGAUUAUCACAACGCUUCAGAAGUGCUAAUUAUCUUUUCUUGGUAAUGACUAAUAAAUCCAAAUGGAGAACAGUCCUGGAGGGUGUUUACUUUAAAAUUCACUGGCUGGGUACCAACGCAGGCACAGCACUGACUGCUGCAGUUCGAAUUACAGUUAUUUUAUCCAAAAAACCGUUCCAUUUUCAGAGGGCCUUGGUGAAGACAGAGUUUGGCUAGUUUGUGUUUCGUUUUAAUGGCAGCAGAGUGGGUAACAAUCUUUUUUAGUGAAAAGACAUCACUGCCGUGGUCUUUUUUCAGCCAAACCAAGAGAGAUUUGAUAGUUGCAAUUGGGCCUAGGAGAGGAAGGCUUCCCAGAGCGACCGCGCUGCAGCGAUGAUCGCCUCUGACAGAAUUGUAUUAGAGGCAUGUUUGACAAUUGCGCAACGAGUGUGUGUGGCUGAGACGUCUCUCCCUCCCCCAGCAUGUCACACACUGGGCUAAGGAGAGCUGCUUUCUGCCCAAGGGGACAACUGCGGUGCCCGUCUGGGUGCCCAGCGGCACUGCCCGGCUGCCUGCGCUCACCGGCGAGGUGGCUGAUGCCACCAGUGGCACGGUCUUGUUCACCAGCAGCCCCUCGCUCGUGCUGGUGUAACCAACCCCCUGGCCAUUCCCUGAGCCUGGCUCCAGGUGACGGUCUCCCUGAUGUAAAGCUGCUGCUCAGUGCUGCAGGGUAUCAGUGCACGGGCAGAUAAAAGAGUUAUUUUCUUAGAAACGAGAAGCUGAAACAUCCAGCAGUUCGGCGAUGUGGGCAGGAGGGGAGGUAACCGCUGACCCAGCGGCUGCCGAGAUGGUUCCUCCGACUUUGCCUUUAAUGAACUUGGCUCGCGCCGUCAGCUCCAGCAGACCAAGGCAGGUUCCCAAGUAACUGGAUGCAAAAAGAUGCAGCUCGUUCCCCCACAGAAACACACAGCAGUCGGUAGCUAAAACCACUGACAGGGGCGGGAGACGGCAGCGUUGCGGAGCAGCCCGUGAUGAUACGAGUACGAACCUUGCCGAGCUGGCACACGGGGAGGUGCUCGGCUUUCGCACGUACGAGCGUUUCCUACCCACCACUUGAAUGCUGUUAAUGCAGUUGUUGGAAGCGGUUUUCCAUGUGGCUUAACUUUUGUUGUCCUAAGAUGUUUUCACCAGAUGAAUAAAA